AUGACACUAAACGAGAUACGCGGCCGCCUAGCCCUAGUCACGGGCGCAUCAGGAGGAAUCGGGGCAGCAUGCUCUCACCAGCUAGCUGAACGUGGAGUUCACCUCGCUCUGACAUACUCAACUAAUCCAAUAUCGAUAAACGAACUCGUCACAGAACUACAGUCCAAAUACGCCGAGAACAAGCUGCGCAUUUCAACCCACAAAGUCGAUGUUGGAUCCGCCGACCAAAUCGAGAAUCUAUUCCAGGAGACCGACGCUCAACACGGCCAAAGACCCGACAUCCUGAUCUCAAACGUUGGCUACGGGAAACGAAUAACUAAUAUAUGGGACAUCCCGCUCGAGGAAUUCGAUUACAUGCUUAAUAUUAAUCUUCGCGCUUCUUUUGUUCUCGUCAGGGGCGUGGUAGAGCAUAUGAAGGCGCAGCGAUGGGGCCGGAUCGUGUUCAUGUCUUCGAUUGCUGCUUGUGGGGGAGGAAUCAAUGGAUGCCACUACGCUGCGUCCAAGGGAGGGCUUACCGGCAUGAUGAAGAAUCUCGCCACCCGUUUGGCGGAAUACAACAUCAGUGUCAAUGAUGUCGCGCCUGCUAUGAUAGGUGAUACGGGAAUGGUCCCCAGUGUUGCAGCAAUCCAAGACACGGUGGCGACUAUUCCUUUAGGCCGCUAG